AUGAGCAAGGCAGACCUGAAUCCCGCUGCGGGCACGGCCCCGGACUCGGCCCCGGACUCGGACCCGGGCCCGGCGGCCGUCGCCUCCGCCUACCAGCGCUUCGAGCCCCGCGCCUACCUCCGCAACAACUACGCGCCCCCUCGGGGGGACCUGAGCCACCCGGAUGGCGUCGGGCCUUGGAAGCUGCGCUGCUUGGCGCAGACCUUCGCCACGGGUGAGGUGUCAGGACACAGCCUCAUUGACAUUGGUUCAGGCCCUACCAUAUACCAGCUGCUCAGCGCCUGCGCCCACUUUGAGGACAUCACCCUGACAGAUUUUCUGGAGGUGAACCGCCAGGAGCUAGGGCUCUGGCUGCGGGAGGAGCCAGGCGCCUUCGACUGGAGCACCUAUAGUCGGCACGUCUGCCUCAUCGAGGGCAAGGGGGAGUCCUGGCAGGAGAAGGAGCUCCAGCUGCGAGCCAGGGUGAAGCGGAUCUUGCAUAUUGAUGUGCACCAGCCCCAGCCACUGGGUGCUGGGAGCCCAGCGCCCCUGCCUGCCGAUGCCCUGGUCUCUACCUUCUGCUUGGAGGCUGUGAGCCCGGACCUUGCCAGCUUCCAGAGGGCCCUGGACCACAUCACCACCCUGCUGAGGCCUGGGGGGCACCUCCUCCUCAUCGGGGCCCUGGAGGAGUCAUGGUACCUGGCUGGGGAGGCCAGGCUGGCGGUGGUGCCCAUGGGGAAGGAGGAGGUCAUGGAGGCCUUGGUCCGCAGCGGCUAUGAGGUGCGGGACCUGAGCACCUACGUCAUGCCUGCCUGCCUUCAGACAGGGGUAGAUGAUGUCAAGGGCAUCUUCUUCGCCUGGGCCCAGAAGAAGGUGGCGGUGUGA